AUGAGAAAUUCUGCUAGCCUUAAGUGCAUUGCCUUUUUACAGCCAACGAUGAUGCAGAAGACGGCUUUGGGUUUGGUGUCAAUGACACUACAGGCACUUGCAGCCCACAGCAAGCACUGGAGUCAGCCGCCACCGCCGCCGCCGCCGCAGCAGCAGCAGCAGCCCGUCGACGCGGCGAAGAUUGGCGGCGUCCGUGAUGCGCGGAGCAACGCGAAGGACGGCGCCGGCCCGACAUGCAGCAAGUCCUUCUGGUGCUCGGAUGCCGAAGAGGUGGCGCUGCGGGACGUCAAGCGCAGACACGCUUAUGACCGCUUUCUCGAUAAAAAGGCACGCACUGCUGUGCGUCAGCGACUGCGCGAUGGGGGUGUUAUGUCCAACUUAUUCCCAGUGCAUGUGAGCCCCGACACGACCCUCUACAUCUACGACCUUGAGGCCACCCGUCGCCUACUUCAGACGCGGCCGCCAGACGCCCAGCGGGAAAAGGGCGCUGGAAAGUCCAAAGGACGUCGUAAAAAGGGGGUUAGUCGAACAGUGGCACCCGCGGCCGUUGCCGCGGCGGAUGACCCAAUCGUUAAGCGGGUUGACGCGACACGGGCCUGGCGUGUAAUGCGACGGUUCCUGCAGCGCUGCGUUCCGGCCGCGCCGCCGCUGGUGUGCGUUCGGCACAAAGUGUACGCGCUCUCUCCGAUCCCCACAGAGGCGCUGCAGCUACCUGCCGAGUAUCUCGACUUGGGCUGGGUGGCGUGCAAGCUGCGAUCCGAGGGGAAGGUCGCCAUGGCGCAGCUUUCGCCCGCUGACCUCCAGGAUGUGACCAACAAAAUUGUUGCGUGGACGCUGGGGUGGCAGGGAAACCAGCACAAAAAGUUCAUGGUGGCACGGGAAACGGACGGAAAGUUGGUGUGGACACACAAAAGCUUUAGUGUGGAAGGGAUACGCCUUUUUAAGGGAGCUAUUGUUCGAGCCGUUUUUAUUGACGCGACGGGCGCCGUGGAUGCAUUGACGCCCGCGGCGGCCGCCACCGCUCAAGCUGUACCCUCCACGGCGGUGCUGACGACAUUAAAGGCGGGACAUUAUCCCACGGCGCCGUUGCAGUUUCUUGUCAAGGAGUUUGUGCGUGAGUUUGAGUUUAAAAGCACGUCUGUACAGAGCUACAAAAUACAGGACGCCUCAGGUGUGAUCAUGGCGUCCUUGUGGAAGGCCACCAUGGCGGCGAAGCUUUCCCCUGGAGCCGUGUACGAGGCGACGGACUACCGCGUCCGCGUGUUUGAGAACCGUGGUGGCAUGCGGCUGGUGGAGAUGACGACGGGGGAGACGGCACUGAGGCCCGUGCUGGAGGGGGAAAGUGCAUCGGGUCGAGCCAAGUCGACAAGGCAGCGACAAACACCGAAGAGCGACGCGUCUGUGUCAGGAAAGAAAGGGAGCUGUGAGGUAGCAUGCGACAAGCGGCUGUCGGAUGCCACUAAGGAAGGCGCAGUGCAAGAAAUAUCGAGGGCAUUUGCGCUGAAGAUUGACACAAAGAGCACCGUCGCUGCGGAGCUCUCGAUCUGGGAGGAGGUGAAGCAACACUUUGGCAACGGCCCCUACGACAGUGAUACAGAGCAACGCAUCGCACAGUCCGUGCAGAGAACACCUGUGAUUAUAUCCGCCACUCUGCGCCACUCUGUGAUUCGCCUCGUUCGGUUUAACAUUGUUUCCAACGCGGUGAGCCUUGAUCCUUUGCUGUUGCGGCUUCUGCCGGACCUUGAGCCGGGUCAGCCCUACGCAGUGCUCAAUGACCACAGUGUUGUUCCUCUGCAGGCCCUGCACUGCUGCUACGACCCCUGCAUGAAGUUGUGGCAAGACAUCGUUGUCUCCACCUGCUCCUUCCUGCCCACACAGCGACUGGACAUUCUUAAGGUGUUUCACACGGCGCUGAGGAGCGAAAUGCAACGCUGGGGACUCAUACUGGCGGCAGAGCCAUUCUCCUCCAAGGCACUUUCACUGCUUCCCACGCCGCAGAAAGUCACCGCCUAUGGUGUCGGACAACGUGGUCCUUCGAAGAAUGAGCAGAGUCACUCCACCUCGUUGCGUCACGUGCCGCCGCCGCCUUUCCCCACAACUCUCGCGGUGGUUGCCAUCGCACCGCCGCAUGUCGGCGAGGAGGAACGUGCACGCAUCACGCAGACUGCACAGGCUGUGGCGCGGUACCACCGCAGCUCUCUCACCAUCACUGUACCGAAUGAGGACGAGGCGGGGCGAUUUCUACUACGGCAACUCACAGACGCCUCGGGCGGGGCAACAAAAGACCCGAACACGGCCGCUGUGAUUAUCUCCGCAGAGCGCGAGACACGUUCUUCGCGUUGGCUCCUGGCCGAAUGUCUCACGCGUGGCAUUCUUGCGUUCUUUGUGCCGCCCGCCGCCAACCUGAAGCGGCAAAAUAUAUUGUGCGCAAACGUGAAAGUGCAACUCCGGACGAAGUUUGGGACGGACCCUGCCCACGGGGUGGAUGUUGCCCGGGAGGUGCCGGCGUUGGCGCAGCGCCGCGUGCUCGUCGUGGGCGUGGACGCCUGCCACACAACGACCUUCAGCACAGGCAGCGUCGUGGGGAUCUUGUGCGCCCCCGAGCGCAACCACCUGCUGCCGUUUUUUUGGAAGCACGAGAUGCGCGGGGAGGAGACAGACCGGGUCACAGAGCACUUUCACAUCCUCCUUCAGCGGGCGUGCGAGCUGUACGACGGGGUGGAUGAGGUAGUUGUGUUUCAAGACGGGGAUGUGUACAGUGAGGCACGGCAGAUGCGGGCACAUCUGCCGCCCGGUUGUGGAUUUACGUUCAUGUGCCUUCACAAGCGAACAAACGUGCGUUUUGUUCAGCGGCUGCCGGAGGGAAGCGGUUUCCCCAAGAUAACGGCCGUCAAUGUUGCGGGCGGAGCCGUCGUACAGGGCCUCACGCCUAUUUCUCUGCUGGAUGACGCCGUGGCGCCAUCCUUCUACCUGCAGAACCACGACUGCAGCAUGUCCACCGCCCGCACUGUGCAAUACAUCGUCCACAACACCAGCCCCACGUUGGAUGUGUCAGACGUACAACAGUUGUCACAUGUCCUCUCGCAUGUGCAGGCGCCGCAGGCAACGAAGCUGCCAAUGGCCGCACGAUGUGCUCACCGCUUGUCAAGUGUAGCGGAACGGUUAUUGGACGCCGUCCCACCAUUCACAUGCGACAUGAUCCCUGCACCCCUGAAUGAGCGUCUGUGGUUUUUUUAA